AUCUGAACAAUUCCAGUAAUUUGUAGUAUCACAUAAUAAUGAUAAGAGAGAGAGAGAGGAAAAGGUAGAGAAUGCUGGAGGAAUGAAAUUUGUGACAUCCAUUUUGUAGGAGUAAAUUCUGAGAUUAUUCUGCUUUCCUGACAAACUGUAAGCUUCAGUAUACACGAAACUACACAGACUAACUAUAAUUACUUGUGUUAGUUGGCUUUUCUGCAAACGUGCAUAUCUGUGUAGUAUACCUUACGUCUGAAUCACAAAUAUUAUGAUAUUAAAGCUGUAAAGCAAAUAAAUAUGCAAUAGGUAUAUCAUACCCUUUCUCCCACAAGUGUCUAGUACUACUUGCAAAUUAAUUAUGGAAUUACCCAUUAGUAUGAUGAAUGGGAGUCAAUCGAAAAUGAAUGAAAUUCACACUAUAUCAAAUAACGUUUGUUUAUUGAAUUCGUCAUCACCCACACUGUCGACACCAUUAACAUUAUCGUCAUCGAAAUUAUCAUUGUCAUCACCACCAUCGACGACAAUAUCAACAGGCUUUGUUUCUUCCUCAAUUCAAGAGUUAUGUCAACUAAGAUCAUUUAUGAUUCAUGAUAUUUUAGAUAAGUCCUCAAAAACUACUGUCAUUACUGAUAAAACAACUCAUGAACAUAAAAUGAAUGGAAAUAUUCACGAAGAAAACAAUAGUGCACAUAACAAUGAUAAAGAAGGCAAAGAAGUCAAAAAUAUGUCACCCUCAUACAAACCUCAGGAGUAUGAAGAAACUAAAAAGGUCUGCCUGAAGAGAAAGUAUUUGAACACUGACUUAAACAAUCAUAAAUUUUCCUCUUUUAUGGGGCUAACGAAAAAUUCAUACAUCGAUUCACAAGCAGAAAUCCCUACAACAAAGAUUGCUUCAGAUGGUACAGAUGGCAGUCUGCACAGUUCAUUGGAGGACCAUGAUGGAUUUUAUUCGACAUCAGAUUUCAAUGAAACAAAGAAUAAGCAAUCUAACAAUAAUUUGAUCAGUCAGCCUAUUCACAGUACUACUACAGAAGAAGACGAUGGAUGUUCUGAUGCGGAAUCAAGUGAAUCUGUAUAUUCAACGAAUUCAACAGAUUCAUAUCAGCAUACAGAGCAAUCUCAAAAUUAUAGUCCAGAUCAAAUGAUGAACAGAAAAUCAUUUACAAGUUCAAAAAUAAACCAUUCGUAUUCACAUCAUCAGCAUCAACAUAGUGUAAAGGAUUAUGAAUAUCACAGUGGAUUGAAUAAAUCAAAGAAGCCGCGUAAAGCAAGAACUGCGUUUACUGAUUUACAGUUAAAUGAACUUGAGAAAAUGUUUGAUCGACAGAAAUAUCUUAGUGUUCAAGAUCGUGUAGAACUGGCAGAGAGAUUGAGAUUAACAGAUACACAGGUGAAAACAUGGUAUCAAAACAGAAGAACAAAAUGGAAGCGUCAGACUGCAGUUGGUUUCGAAUUGCUUGCUGAAGCUGGAAAUUUUGUAGCAGUACAGCGCAUAUUACAAACUAAUCCCUAUUGGGCGUACCAUCCAGCGGCUCAGACAAUUCUAGCCAACAUGGAAGCUAUUAUGAAAAAGAAAUCUGACCAAGUAACAAGUGAUGAUAUGAACCAAGAAAAUAAUAAAGAUGAGAGAUCAGAUAAUUUAAAAAAAUUGUGUCAAGAUGACUGUCCUGCUGUAGGUAAUAUUUCAACGUCAGAUAGCAAAGAAAUGUUUUUAUUCCAGCCAAGUGAAAUCAGCAUUCAGCCUCCAUCUUCAAUAAUGUCUGCACUGAAAUCACCACAGAUAUCUCAACAAAGAGACCCAGAAAAACUCAAGUCUUCAAGAGAAUCUUCAACUGCUGCAGAUUCAUCUGCCGUUAUAAACUCCUUUCCUCUAAGAAUUACAACAGACAACCAGUUAAAUUUCAGUUCUACAGAUUCAUUGCAUAAUUCUGCACUAGUUGAAUUACCUGACUGGUGGCCAUUUAAAUCAGCUAUCAAGGACUUGGUACAAAGUCAAAAUUUGAAAAUACAAGAUCAAAAAUACGCAAAUGAAAUAAGUACAAAUUUUUUAUCCUCUUCAUUAGUUUCAUGCACUUCCUCUUCCAUUUCGUCUCUUUCUUCAUCAUCCUCUUUGUCAUCCUCCUCACUAACUUCAAUGUCUUCAUCACCAAAUGGUGUUGCUCAAAAUUCGUUUAUUACAGCAGCUGCCAAAUUUCUGCAAUUAAAUUUAUCAACCGACUCUACUAUAGCACAGUUUAACUUACAUCCUUUAUGGUCCAAUACAACAUUGAAUCUUUGGUCAGACUUGUCCACACUUAAUGCAAAGGAUUUGCUGUCAGUGACUCCAAAUUUGCCUUUACUGAAUAAGCUUUUCCAAUUCAAUACCAUACCUAGUGAACUGUCUAAAGAUGAACAACUAGUAUAAGCAGUCGAAAAGUUGAAAAGAGUUAAAUGAAUCCUGAUGCCCCUUGUAGAUCUUUGCAGAGAAUGGAUGUCAUUUUGACACUGAAUAAUGUUGCAAUUGAAGUGAACUAUUUGAAAGGAACUCAUAUAUUUUUGUCUUUUCAUAUAUGCAAUGGUUAAAAUUCCUCAUUUUUGGGAAAAAGAAAUAUUAAUUGACUUUUCUUCGUUUGCGUUUAUUGAAUUUGAUCUCGUUUUGUUAGCAUAUAUGUAUAUCUUGUUGUAAGAACUCAGCUCUGAUUUUGAGGUCUUACCAGCAACUGAUGAAGGUCAAUUUUCCAAUAUUUGUGUAUCUCUUCUUUUGUUAUCCCGAUAAAACUCAAACACUUCAUCUCCAAUUAAAGACUAGUAAUUUAAGUUGAUUUCUAACACUACUUGUAAGUAACAUAACGUUUUCUGACAAAUCUUUCUUGUUCAUGGAGUUUCCUGGAUGUGAUUAAUGUGAAUAACAAAUAACAUUUCAUUGUUCGCUUACACUGACAGCCCCGUUCUUGAAAAUUACAACUGUGAGUUUCCUAAUUGGACUCACUGACCUUUUAUAUUUAGUUAAAGAAUUUCAAGACCAGACUUUCAGAUGUCAUCACUACUAACUUCAUGAAGAGUGAAGCAAGUCGAAGGAUGACCGAGAUAUUCAGAUAGCACUUUACUGACUUUAAGUACCAUAUAAUUCCAAAUAAACAAAGAGACUUUUAUCAUCUACUGACCUGUAUAGCUUCGAAUUUCAUUUACUACGCUGGAAAAAGACUUUACGUGAAACUGUUUUUUUUUAUACCACCACGUUGGAUUAUGAAUAUAUUUGGUGAAUUCUGAUUUGCUGGGUGGACCGGAUUUUUUACCUUAAGAAAACUGUAAAUUGAAUUUAUCUGUACAACUUUUCAUAAAAUUACUUCCUCUAACGAAACUGGACAAAAGAAAUGAAAAAACAGUAUCAGGAU